AAAACUAAAAAUACGAAAUGAGAAUUUUGAUCGUCAAAGAUUUUUCCCAGCGAAACUUUCCAGUUUCCACAUUCAAAGGAUAUCAGAGAGAGAUCUGCGAAUCGUACAUUGAAUUAGGGUUUGUCCAUCGUCUUCUCUGGGUCUCUCUGUAAAGGAAGGAGUCACCUUUGGGCUUUGGAAGGGGGUUUGCGUCCUAAUUAAGGGUGCGUCCUUUAGUUUGAGUAGCAGAGAACCUUGCGGAAGAAGUAUGAUGGAUUACGACCAAGAAAAUAGUGAUCACGAGGCACAUGCUUCAACAGAGUCUGUGGAAGAGUCCCCGUCCGAGAUCAAGAACAAUGGUUCCUCAGACAAUACGGAUCCUUUAACUGAGGCCUUCAACAGUUACCACAACUUGCAAGAAGUCCUAGAAAAAGAACUCCACAAGUUCCAAGAGCUUGGGAAAGAAUCUAUAUCAUUACUACAUGGUGGAGCAGAAAGCAGCAGUUGCAUACACUCAGGACCUGACCAAGCCGGUGAAGCAACUUCUUCCCGUUGGUUCCGGUCUGAAAACACGGGUGAGAAGAGAUUAACUCGUCUAGAUUCCGAGGUACUAAACCUGCUUAAGAAUGUAGAGCAUCUGGAGUUCAAACUAGAAGAAACAAAACGUAUUCUCGACGUUAAAGAAUCUCAAAUCCGUGAACUCGAGUCCACCAUAAGCGUUUCAGAGCGAGGAACAGAGAUGGAUAUUGGUAUGGACGACAUUUUCCAGCAAAAGAUAGAGGCAGAGAUCGGAUAUCUUACGUUUUCAAGAUCGGUGGAAAGCCUGAAAAGAAAGAUCAAACUGAUCGAAGAAGAGAAGGCAUUGGCAGAAGAAGCUCAUGAGACGCUGUCAAAGCUUGAAGAAGCAAGAACCAAAGCUGAGAAUCUGAAGACUCAAGCUCGAGAUUUACAAAACCAUUGUGUAGACAUCACAGAGAUCCAAGAAGUGGAGAGUUUCAAGAAGAGAGUAGUUAAGACCACUUCAUGUCUUCUUCUACAGUUAGGCUUGCUGUUUGUGCUGUUUAAUAUCCAGUUCAUGCCAGAGUCUGAGACCGUUGUACCCACAUGAUGUAUUUUGAUUGUUGGAAAUAUGUUUUACUUAUUAAUUUCUUUGUCACUUUUUUCUUCUAAUUAUAUUUACAUAAUACA